GUUGCAGCAGCCACAGUUUGGGGAUAAUCCGAUUCUCUACUCCCCAAGUGACUCACUCACCGAUGGCGCCUCCUCCUAUCUCCUCCUCCCUCUCGCUCAUGGCCUCCAACCCAAUCCCGUCGCCUCCGGUCGCCAAACCGGGCAGGCCGCUCACCGUCGCGGCGUGCAGCAACAGCAGCAGCAGCUCCUCCUCCUCCUCCCCGUCGUCGACCUCGUGCUCGGCUGCCUGGAGUCUCCCGGUGGCGACGUCGGCCGGCAGGAGGGGGCUGCUCGCGCUGGGCGCGGGGUUCCUGGCUUCCCCUGGGCUUCUGUGCCCCGCCGGCGACGCCGGAGCGACGCGCAUCGAGUACUACGCGACGGUGGGGGACAAGCUGUGCGACAUGAACGUCGUCAAGUCGGGGCUCGGCUACUGCGACGUCGAAGUCGGCACCGGCGCCCAGCCCCCGCGCGGCCAGCUCAUAAAUGUACACUACACUGCAAGAUUUACUGACGGGAUAGUGUUCGACAGCACCUACAAGCGAGGACGGCCACUGACAAUGCGCCUUGGCGCAGGCAAGAUCCUCCGAGGGCUUGAACAGGGAAUCAGUGGUGGCGGUGGUGUGCCACCCAUGCUCGUUGGUGGAAAGCGCAAGCUUAUGAUACCUGCAACUUUGGCAUACGGACCUGAACCAGCAGGUUGCUUCUCAGGAGACUGUAAUAUUCCCGGCAACACCACACUCCUAUACGACAUCUUCCUGGUUGGAUUUUACAAGUGAGCAUAUGAUGAAAAGGAAUAUGCAUGACUUGAACAGACUAGGUGCAAACAAGAUUUUCGAGUAAAUUUUGGCGUUUCAUACAAGAGGCGGGACUACGGACAGAUGAAGAGAAAGGGUGCGACAUGCCUAAGCCCAGACGCCGAAAGCAAAUGCGUCACCGGAGCUCCUUGGGUCUCCAAUACGCAGAGUACUACAUUUGCAAUCUGUACCAAGAAGUGAAAGGAUAUAUAACAAACCGGUCCUCUGAUAUACUAUCAAAUUGGUCUUAUGUUUUCUAGAGAAGAAAAGUCUUGUGUUUGUGUAAGUAUAACGUUGUAAAGACAUGUCUCAUUAUUCAUACUGUCAUUGGUACAGCCAAACACAACAAAAAUUCCCAUCCUUUGUGGCAAGUCCUAA